UUCUUGGUAGCUAUGCGCUUCCUGGUUAGCGCUAGUUGCCGCGCUAUGUCGGCGGCUGUUCAGGGGCGGCCUCGAGGGCUGGUUUACGAGAAACACGGGGAGCCGGAUCGGGUCGUACAGUUAAAAGAUGUCAGUUUGCCUGAGCUGGGAGCUUCUGGGGUCCACGUAAGAAUGCUUGCAGCACCUAUCAAUCCAUCAGACAUUAAUAUGAUUCAAGGGUCGUACGCGGUUGUCCCAGACUUCCCUGCGGUUGGGGGGAAUGAAGGAGUUGGACAAGUGGUGCAGAUUGGCAGUAACGUGACCUCUCUGAAGCCAGGUGACUUGGUGAUACCAGCAGAUGCAGGACUCGGGACCUGGCGAACAGAGGCAGUAUUCGAGGAGGAGAAGCUGCUGAAAAUGCCCCCAGAUAUCCCACUGUUGAGCGCAGCCACCUUGGGAGUCAACCCCUGCACAGCUUUUCGGAUGCUGUCCGACUUUGUGACCUUGAAACCGGGAGAUGCUGUCAUUCAAAACGCAGCCAACAGCGGAGCGGGACAGGCUGUCAUCCAGAUUGCUGCAGCCAAGGGUAUCAAAACAAUAAAUGUGGUCAGAGAUAGACCCAACCUCCAGGAGCUUGUAGACAGGUUGAAAUCCCUUGGGGCUGAUCACGUCAUCACAGAAGAGGCAUUGAGAAAGCCAGAAACAAAAGACUUGCUUCAGAAAAUCCCUAAGCCCCUAUUAGCACUGGAUGCUGUGGGAGGGAAAAGUGCCACAGAGAUGCUGCGCCAUCUCCAGUAUAAAGGGACCAUGGUUACCUAUGGUGGGAUGUCAAAGCAGCCUGUGACGAUUCCCAUGAGUGCACUGAUUUUUAAGGACAUACGGCUUCGUGGUUUUUGGAUGACCCAGUGGAAGAGAGACAACGCCCAGAACAAGGAGAAACUGAGCGGAAUGAUCGCAGAGUUGUGCACCCUCAUUCAGAAGGGCCAGCUCACCGCUCCAGCCUGCCACGAGGUCCCACUGGCGGAUUACCAAUUAGCUUUGAAGGCGUCCAUGACACCGUAUGUGACAGCAAAGCAGAUCCUCCGCAUGUGAAGCUGACUGGUCUGCGGUCAGUUCAGGUGGGAGUCUGCUCUCAGCUGGCUCUAACUGCUUCUGAAGGCUACAAGAGCUGAAUUUCCAGUGUUCCUGCUACUCCCCAUAGAGGGAGGACUGCAAAGAACAAAUGGUCCCGAUUGUAGACUGUGACUAUAUAAUCAAGACUGCAGCAACAGUUGUGGUAUUGGAGGUUCUGCAUCUAUGCAAGCAGGGAAUGCACAUUGCCUUCAUGGCAAAAGGGAAACCUGAAGGAUCUGGCCUCUACUUCGGACCAGGAUGCAGGACCACUGGACGGGGACAAGCUGCCCUGAGCCCUGCCUGGUGGGGAAAGGGGCGGGAUAAAAAUUGAAUAAAUAAAUAACUAGACACAAACGUGGUGGUGUCUACAGAUUCAAAGCACCAAGUUCCAGAUAUUUUGAUGAAGGUUGCAUGAAGGGUUGUGUUUGGUGUCACCAGGUUUCUGGAUCAUGUCACAUCCCUCCCCCUGUAGCAAACUCUUCUCCAGCAUAGCACAGUUGGCCCAUGCCCAGAAGCCUGUGUCUGUAGUCAGAAUGCUUUUGGGGGUCUUGGGGAGUCUGAGAUGCAGCUUGCAAGCAUCCUCCCUCUUAAGACAGCUUUUUAAUUUCUAGAUGAUAAAAUCUGCCGCUGUGCCUUACAGAAGCUCUUUGUCUUUGCCCAUUCAGCUCAGGGCAGUUUUCUACAGUAGGGGGGAGCUUGCCAUGUGUGAGGCUCCCCUUUUGCUGCACUGGCUUACCUACCCUCUGGCAUCCUGGAUGGGUUUGGGCCAGUCUCCCUGCUGGCCUCAGAAGGAGAGGGGGGUUCAGGCACCCUGGUCCUCUUCUUACCCUCCAAGGGAGCACCCCCUUGCUCUCUCUCUCACUCUCUGGUCCUGUGUGUGUCAGCAAGCUGCCAAAGGUUCUUUCCUGUGUAUGUAUAAUUUCUUCUCCCCCCAGUCUCGCAAGUGUGUUCAGCCUGUCAUGCGCACAUCUUCCCAUUAGUCUGCAUUCCUUUCUAUGAACGCUAGUCUUGCUUUGAUGUAAUGCUAUCUCGCCAAGGCCACAGGUGGAAGAGCACAGAAGGCUUUGCUUAGUCUUUAAUGAGCAGUAGGAGCAGUAGUUGUGGGAAUAGACUAAUUGUUUAUAGUUAAGGAACCGUUGCUUCUCAGGGUUUAAGCGUGAGUGGGGCCUCUUGGCAGCGCGUGGGAACCAUAUCUAUUGGCUAUUGUAAUUAUGAACUUGCUUUAUCCUUUCAUGCACCUCAACCUUCGUUAUUCUGAACAGUGACCCUGUUCUAGUGCUUCAUGGCUUCAAUAAAGUAAA